GAUUAUAGGCAUGAGCCACCGCGCCUGGCCGAACCUGAGUUUUAGACGUGUCUAGUAACCCUGGACUUCAGAGGUGCGGCUGUCUCAGCUCCGCCUUUUCCCUGACUCGCUGUGUAAUCUUGCCCCUUUUGCAGAACUAGGUCCCUCCUCUCCCUCUUCCCUUCCCCUAGUCACAGCAAGUGUUCACCAAAGCCUUCCCCGCCCCCGCCCCGGCCCCCCACAAAUUAGGACUUUUGUUUCUGAGUGGAGGUUAAGAGGAAGGAUUUGAGUGGAAUUUCUUGCCCCUCCUUCCUGGCUCCUGGUCCCCUCCCUGCGUUCUGCACUACUGUCUGUGCUUCUUAGGGCUCUUUCAGAUCUUUUCAGUGAUUGCGUCCUGAGUGCCACGGAGAAAGAGCCUGUGAAGUAGUGCAGGCUUUCCCAGUUUCUGCAGCUGCCAGAAAUUGUCUUGACAGCCUGUACUCAGCCUUUUGCAAUUUGUCUUUUAUUCUUGCCGAACUCCUCUUACCGGUGUCUGAUUGUGUCUACCCAGGUGAGUGGAUGCGUUUUCUUUCCCUGACGGCACUUGAGAUUAUGGGCCAGUGUUUGUUCUGUAACCUCAGCAGGUUCAGAAACAGUCAUAGAUAGGAAGUGAGUCUGGCUGUUUUGCACUGUAAGGGUGAGCAGUAUGCUCGCCCAGCUCUCUUCAUCCUAGUGCAGAAGCCAGAAGCAGCCAUGUCUUGAGGAACAGAGUUUUUUGGUACUCCUUUUAGUUUUGGCAUGAAUCAUAGGACACCACCCUACCCCGCUGGGGAUUAUUGUCUUCUGUGCAGAAGUGAACGGAAAGACUCCUCAUUCUUAGAGAGUGGAAUUAAGACUGCGAGCAAAUUGGCCCUUUCCAUGGCUCCCAAGGGCAACAGUGUGCUGCACCUGCCGCUAUGGGUGUGCCCGGACUGCCGCAGGACCGUGGAGAAGGAGGAGAGGCAUGGCGGCCUUGACCAGCCAGUGAGCCAAGAUUUUCUUCUUCACUCCUCGCUUGGUGGCUCCCAGCCAGAGGCCGGCAGUGGUGGGAGGCUCGCUCUGGGUGCACAGACGCUGCCUUCGGACACCGCAUGCUCGUGCGAGGCCUGCAGUGAGCGCAGAGAAAUUUCGUCAGAGGCGGACCGGGAACCUCAGCAGCUGCAGAACUACUGGUCAGAAGUGCGCUACACAGUGCGCUGCAUCUACCGCCAGGCAGGGACCCCGCUGGCAGAUGACCAGGACCAGUCUCUGGUGCCUGACAAGGAGGGAGUAAAGGAGCUCGUGGAUCGGCUCUGCGAGAGGGACCCCUACCAGCUGUACCAGCGUCUGGAACAGCAAGCUCGAGAGUACGUGCUAGAGAUGAAGGUCCGCCUGCUCCGGCAGCUGUCGGCUGCGGCCAAGGUGAAGGCACCAUCUGGCCUGCAGGGUCCGCCACAAGCGCACCAGUUCAUCUCCCUCCUGCUUGAGGAGUACGGCGCCCUCUGCCAGGCUGCACGCUCCAUCAGCACCUUCCUUGGCACUCUGGAAAAUGAACACUUGAAAAAGUUCCAAGUGACGUGGGAACUGCAUAAUAAACACCUGUUUGAAAAUCUGGUCUUUUCAGAGCCACUUCUUCAGAGCAACUUGCCCGCACUGGUGUCACAAAUCAGGCUAGGAACCACCACACACGACACCUGCAGUGAGGACACAUACAGUACCUUGCUGCAGAGGUACCAGCGCUCCGAGGAGGAGCUGCGCAGAGUCGCUGAGGAGUGGCUGGAGUGCCAGAAGAGGAUCGAUGCCUAUGUUGACGAGCAGGACCUUCAGACCAGUGUGAAUAAGAGCAUUGAUACUGGCACCCUUGUCCAGUCCUGGCUUCGAGGGGCUGCUAUGACAAUGAAAACCAAGCAGCGCAUGUUAACAGAAGACUGGGAGCUUUUUAAACAAAGAAGAUUCAUUGAAGAACAGUUAACCAAUAAGAAAGCAGUUACUGGCGAGAACAACUUCACGGACACCAUGAGGCACAUGUUGUCGUCCCGGCUUAGCAUGCCCGACUGCCCCAACUGCAACUACAGGAGAAGAUGUGCUUGCGAUGACUGCAGCCUUUCACACAUCCUCACGUGUGGUAUCAUGGACCCCCCCGUCACUGACGACAUCCACAUUCACCAGCUCCCACUUCAGGUGGAUCCUGCUCCCGACUAUCUUGCUGAGAGGAGCCCACCCAGCGUGUCGUCUGCAAGCUCGGGGUCGGGCUCCAGCUCUCCCAUCACAAUUCAGCAGCAUCCCAGGCUCAUUCUCACAGACAGUGGCUCAGCACCAACUUUUUGUAGUGAUGAUGAAGAUGUUGCACCAUUGUCAGCCAAAUUUGCUGAUAUUUAUCCAUUGAGUAAUUAUGAUGAUACUGAGGUGGUGGCCAACAUGAAUGGAAUCCACAGCGAAUUGAAUGGUGGCGGGGAAAACAUGGCCCUGAAGGAUGAGUCUCCUCAGAUAAGCAGUACCAGUAGUAGUUCCUCAGAAGCUGAUGAUGAAGAAGCAGACGGCGAGAGUAGUGGGGAACCCCCAGGGGUCCCGAAGGAAGAUGGAGUGCUGAGAAGCAGGAGUCCCAGGACAGAGGAGAGCAAAGCAGACAGUCCACCCCCAUCCUACCCAACACAGCAGGCUGAACAAGCUCCAAACACUUGUGAAUGUCAUGUUUGUAAACAAGAAGCUUCUGGACUGACACCAUCUGCAAUGACAGCCGGAGCCCUUCCUCCUGGCCAUCAGUUCAUGAGCCCAGAGAAGCCCACACACCCUGCACUGCACCUUUACCCUCACAUCCAUGGACACGUGCCUUUGCACACUGUUCCACACCUGCCACGCCCGCUCAUCCACCCCACCUUGUAUGCAACGCCCCCCUUCACACACAGUAAGGCUUUACCGCCAGCACCUGUUCAGAAUCACACAAAUAAGCAUCAGGUAUUCAAUGCAUCUCUUCAAGACCAUAUUUAUCCGAGCUGUUUUGGGAAUACUCCAGAGUGGAAUAGUUCUAAAUUUAUAAGUCUUUGGGGAUCAGAAGUGAUGAAUGAUAAGAACUGGAAUCCUGGCACUUUCUUGCCAGAUACAAUUUCUGGGAGUGAAAUAUUAGGGCCAACACUCUCAGAAACAAGACCAGAAGCCCUUCCACCUCCAUCUAGCAAUGAAACACCUGCAGUCUCGGAUAGUAAAGAGAAAAAGAAUGCUGCAAAAAAGAAGUGUUUAUACAAUUUCCAAGAUGCUUUUAUGGAAGCAAACAAAGUUGUCAUGGCCACCUCAUCAGCCACGUCCUCCGUGUCCUGCACAGCUACCACAGUGCAGUCCAGCAACAGCCAGUUCAGAGUGUCAUCCAAGAGACCUCCUUCAGUAGGUGACGUGUUUCAUGGCAUCAGCAAGGAGGACCACAGACACUCGGCUCCAGCCGCCCCGAGGAACAGCCCCACGGGCUUGGCCCCCCUCCCAGCGCUCUCGCCUGCUGCACUCUCACCUGCCGCGCUCUCACCUGCCGCUCUUUCACCUGCUUCCACACCUCACCUUGCAAAUCUUGCAGCCCCAUCAUUCCCCAAAACAGCAACCACAACUCCCGGGUUUGUGGACACACGCAAGAGUUUCUGUCCUGCACCCCUGCCCCCGGCCACAGAUGGCUCCAUUAGCGCCCCUCCAAGUGUCUGCAGUGACCCUGACUGCGAAGGGCACCGCUGCGAGAAUGGUGUCUACGACCCACAGCAAGAUGAUGGGGACGAGAGUGCAGAUGAGGACAGCUGCUCUGAGCACAGCUCCAGCACCUCAACCUCCACCAACCAGAAGGAGGGCAAGUACUGCGACUGCUGCUACUGCGAAUUCUUUGGGCACGGCGGGCCUCCAGCUGCACCAACAAGUAGAAAUUACGCAGAAAUGAGGGAAAAGCUUCGCUUACGGCUGACCAAGAGGAAAGAAGAGCAACCUAAAAAAAUGGAUCAGAUCUCAGAAAGGGAAAGCGUCGUUGACCAUCGGAGGGUGGAGGAUUUAUUGCAGUUUAUAAACAGCUCUGAAACCAAACCAGUGAGCAGCACGCGUGCAGCAAAGCGGGCAAGGCAUAAGCAAAGGAAGCUGGAGGAGAAAGCUCGCCUGGAAGCAGAGGCCAGGGCCCGGGAGCACCUGCACCUCCAGGAGGAGCAGAGGCGGCGGGAGGAGGAGGAGGAGGAAGAAGAGGAGGAGCGUUUCAAGGAGGAGUUUCAGCGGCUUCAGGAGCUUCAGAAGCUAAGAGCUGUAAAAAAGAAGAAGAAGGAGAGGCCAAGUAAAGACUGCCCCAAGUUGGACAUGCUCACUGGAAAUUUCCAGGCAGCAACAGAGUCUGUCCCUAACUCUGAAAAUAUCCACAAUGGCUCACUAGAGCAAACUGAAGCACCAGAAACCUCUUCUCAGUCCCCCUCCAGGCAUAUGAACCACUCAGAGCCCAGGCCAGGGCUGGGGGCUGAGGGGGAUGCUGCAGACCCCGUCAUCACCAGAGACUCCAAAUUUCUCCUCCCCAAGGAGGUGAAUGGGAAGCAGCAUGAGCCACUCUCUUUUUUCUUUGACAUCAUGCAGCACCAUAAAGAGGGAAAUGGCAAGCAGAAGCUGAGGCAGACCAGCAAGGCCAGCAGCGAGCCAGCAAGGAGGCCCACGGAGCCGCCCAAGGCCACAGAGGGGCAGCCCAAGCCUCGGGCCCAGACUGAGUCAAAGGCUAAGGUGGUUGAUCUCACAUCCAUCACAGAGCAGAAAAGAGAGGAGAGAAAAGUCAACAGUAAUAACAAUAACAAAAAGCAGCUGAACCACAUCAAGGAAGAAAAGUCAAACCCAACCCCUGUGGAGCCCACCUCUCCCAGCGAGCAUCAGAACAACAAGCUGGUACUGGCAGAGUCCCCUCAGCCAAAGGGCAAGAACAAGAAAAAUAAGAAGAAGAAAGGAGACAGAGUCAACAAUUCAAUUGAUGAUGUCUUUCUACCUAAAGAUAUUGACCUAGACAGUGUGGAUAUGGAUGAGACAGAGAGGGAAGUGGAGUAUUUCAAAAGGUAAAUGUGGAGGCUGUGUGUCUGAAACCGUGGUGAUUGUGUGCUUGCCAUACAUGUUUGGUUUUCUGUCUUUCCACGGCACUUCCAGUUGUCUUAGACGAAGUUACAUCAAGCAAGCCAUGCAACCUGGCUACUGAAGAGCCCUGUAGCAGGACAGGCCAGCCACACACACCCCUCCCCCACUCCCAGCACUCACAGUCUCACUUCUCCUCCCCCUCACAUGCUAGAAAAAUGAUAGCAGUGGCUUCCCCCCACCCCUCCCCACCGAGGCGGUGACUCAAGGUGUCCUGGGCCAGCAGCGUCUCCGGGGGGAUACAGGCCACUCCCUAGACCUGCCGGAUCAGAUUCUGGGAAGGGGCCGGCAUCUGUGUUAUUGAAAGCCUUCCGGAUGACCCUCACAUAUGCUGAUGGUUGAACACACUGGAGCAGUAUGCUUUUAAGAAGAAAAGUAGCAUUUUAGAUACUUGCUGUUUUCCUGAUGGGCAAAUUUUAUCAGUGCUAUGUUCUAUAAUGUUUUAUCUACUGUGUGAAUUAAUGGUAACAAAAUUUUGUUUUAUUUUAUUUUAUUUUUGAGAGGGAAU